AUGCAUACAGCUAUCUCACGCCUGUUAGCGACUGACCCCGACGCCUUGAGCGCGGUGGGAAUGGCUGUCCACGACCUAGCUCCCAUUAGCGCACGUCUCAAUGACGCUCUCCGUGCCCAGCGCGACCUCCCCGCUAACGGACAGUAUGAGCCUACCAAUGCGGCUACGGCACUGGUUCACGGAGGAGGUGCUUCGUUCUUCGGGGUAUUGGGCCGCGACAAGGAGCGCGCGGCGCGCUUCGGUGGUGGCAUGCGACACUUCGCCCACGGUGCCGCCUAA